GGUUCAGGCAUAACCUCGUUCUCAAAUGGUGCGACUCAACGAUUGAUCAGACUCAUUUCGCUCGAUAUAACUCAACAGGGAAUAAAAAUAAAUUGAAAAAUUAUUUUCAGAAUUACGUUUUCGUAGAACUUUUAUUUCUAUAAAUAAUACAAUCAACGGUAAGUUACUCAAGUUUUUAUUUAUAAGUAAUUCAAGAAUUUUAUGCGCGAGCAGACAGUCAGCUCGUGACACGGUGACACGACUGUCACGGUCGUUUAUAGCUCGUUUGCGUCGAGACAGCGUCAUGAUUUGCACUUUUCGAAAUUCUCGCGUAUUACAAAAUUCAUAGAAAAGAAGUUGCACAAUAUUUCUAACCGUACUGCAGUGGUGCUACGUAUCAUUACUGAUUUUAUCGAAUUAUCUGGAAGCUAACCUCUUGCAUUAUCCAGAAGUAGCACUCGUUGCUGAAAUCAUUCAACAUGACAGCUCUCGUGAACAAGGGAGAUCGAGUCUUGGUCGUGGCAGGGAACGACGUGUCUCUGGAUGACACGGUGGAUUUUGUUGCUGCAAUUGGACAACGCAUCGGUGAUCCCGACAAAUUGCAAACUACAAAUUUGUCAGAUCUGAAGAAGGAAAACCACAGCGCAUCUGUCUUCAACGUUAUCAUCGUGAUUUUCAAAGAGCCCUAUACGAGUGACGAGUUCUUAGUAGAAGCAUUAAGAAUUUUGAAGCCAGAUGGUUCACUUGUCAUUUACGAACCGCUACCAGCAAGUAGGAAGUCUGCGGCACUCACCCAUCCCGAGAGAAUUUCCAAGCUAAAGUUGUCUGGCUUUAGAGUAAAGAACGCGGAACGGGAAAGCUUGGAUAAAGAUUCGGAGAGUAAAAGCCUCUUGACGAAAGUAUAUAGUAACGUAGAAGACGUCUGCAAAGUGUUAGCAAAUAAACCAUCGUUUGAGGUAGGCUCUAGCGUUCCUCUUUCAUUCGCGAAGAAACAGACUAACGUGUGGAAGCUAGAUGAUCCAGUGGACGAGGAUUUGAUAGACGAGGAUGAGCUCUUGGACGAAUCAGAUUUUGCCAAGCCAGAUGAAGCGUCUCUAAGAGUGUGCGGCACAACGGGCAAGCGGAAGGCGUGCAAGGAUUGCUCGUGCGGGCUCGCGGAAGAGUUGAGUGGUAAAACUCCGCAGGAGGGCACUGUCAAAUCUUCUUGCGGAAAUUGUUACCUUGGGGAUGCGUUCAGGUGUGCCAGCUGCCCCUACCUUGGAAUGCCCGCCUUCAAACCCGGCGAGAAAGUACUUCUGCCUGAGGCUCAGUUGACCGUUGAUUCCUGAACUUUUUUUUUCGUAGCAAUUGUGUACUGCCGUUUUGUACAAUUUUCCUAAUUUUAUUUGAAAUAUUUCCCUCGCAAAUAUGUGUAUCAAGAAUAUUCUUUAAAUAAAUUACUUACGAGUACUUAAAUUA